UGGUAGGAACAGAUCAAUCUGGGCCCACCAGACCUGAAGAUGGCUGUGAGCCUCGUGUUCGUGCCGUUACUGGUCCUGCUGUGCUGGCCGCUGGGAAGUGUGAUUCUGGUUGAGAUCAUAGGGGGGAAAGAGGCUAUCCCUCACUCCCAUCCCUACAUAGCAUCUCUCCAGGUGAACGGAAGACAUGUCUGUGGGGCGACUCUGGUUCACCCGCAGUGGGUGCUCACUGCCGCCCACUGCCUGAACCAGGGCAUCCGGGACGUCAGGGUUGUGCUGGGUCUCCACAAACGCAGAGACUCGGGCCGUGAUUUUACAGUCAAGAAGUUAGUGUACCACCCUGAGUACAAGAAAAAUCCAGAGAUGACACAUGACCUCCUGUUGCUUCAGUUGGACAAGAAAGUGACCUUCAGUAAUAAAGUGGCCUGUGCCAAGUUGCCCAAGAAGAAAGUCCCAGUAGGAGCCCAGUGCAGGCUCGCCGGCUGGGGACUGGUCCAACAGCCAGGCCAGCUGGCCGAGUCCCUGAAAGAGCUCAAUGUGAAAGUGAUGGACAGCCGCAUGUGUAACAACAGCCGGUUCUGGCACGGGGACAUUACUCCGGAUAUGAUGUGCGUCGAGAGUGUCAGCAAAGGCACUGCCCCCUGCAAGGGAGACUCUGGAGGGCCCCUGGUGUGCGACAAUAAGAUACUGGCGGGUGUGAUGUCCUUCUCCUCGAAGAACUGCGUGGAUAUAUUCAAGCCACCCGUGCUGUCGGCUGUUAUUACCUCCAUGCAAUGGAUCAAGAAGACCCUGCGCCAAGGGGGGGGAUGGUGGCAGCGGUGUCCUUAACUCUACCACCCCUGAAUUUGCCCACAAAUGCCAGGAAAAGAGGCCCCCUCCUUUCCCUCUCCCCUCUCCUCUAGUUGGUUCUAGGCUCUUGCCCCGCUUGGUAACUCUGCCUCCCUCUCUCCUCGCUUCUUUUUGGAAUAAAGUGUUGAUAUAA